GGAGUUGAGCCGCAAGCACACUGCUUGCCUCUGCAAAGUUGCAAGCUAACGCUACCAAGCUUUUAGGCUGUAUGCCCAAUAACUUUACCUAAACUGUGCAGAAAUACGGCGAUGGUGUUUCAUUCACAACACGUUAACCUCUUAAGCCCAGAUGCAGCCACUUGUAAGAAACAGCGUCUCAGGGCAUGUUAACAUUUAACAACCUAUUAAUGUGGCAUACCCACUUAACGGGAAGAAACUCAGCUACCAGACCAUAUUAACCAUUUUUACCAAAACACUGAAUGAAAAUGAGCUAACGCUACAUAGCACCGAGUGAGCUACGGCGAUUGUUUUACUUCCUGCUAUCUGCACAAACUGCAUAUCAUAUGAAACCUGAGAUUCCACAGAUUCAUUGGUAUAAGUCUCAUCACUGUACUCACUGAACUAGCAGCCAAGAAAGAUCAAGUUUACAGAGCCAUAGCUAUAAAUAGUCUUUACUGUUUGUGAUCAAAGUUGUGUUCAAGGUCAUAAAAAGGUUAAUCCGAUGUCUCUGUGUCACUUUGAAAUGAUUACUGAUAAUCAUCAUUAUUUAUUUUUAAUAAACAGGUACACAAGCGAUGCCAUAUUUUCACCGUUCUUUCAGGGGCGGGACAUUUGACAAAUCUCUAAGUGGUUGACCAAUCACAGCAGUCGCCAGCUAACCAAUCAGAGCACGCUUUUGCAAAGGUGGGGGCAUUGAGCUCUUCAGAGCAUUUUCAGAUGGAGUGAAAAGUGAUCAUUUUUGCACAGGCAAUAUGAGGAAAAUAAAGCGCUUUUUCAACAGUAAAGCAUAAAAACAUGCUUUAGUGGAGCAACAAAAUACAUAUAUGAACCUGAAAAGUAGCAUCAUAAAACCCCUAUGGGGUUUUGCCUAUAAAAAAGGGUAACACCCCCCUGGUUCACAAUAGUUGUCCUUUGUUUGUUGAACAGCAUUGUGAGUUGUUUUCAUUCCAGUCGCAACGUGUAAUGUAUUGCAGGAAUCAGUCAUGGCUAAAGACGGAAAGCAGAACUGUUAUGAGGGCAAUAUUCUCCAAAAUUAUCAGGUAUACCUAGAACAGUCUGGACUACACAAGGGCAUUAUCCAGGGUGUUCACAACGUCCUGCUGGGAGAAUUUCAAAGAAUUGGAGCCGGUAAAAGCAGCCUGGAUGUUCUUGGUGUCGGAAGUGGUGGAGGUGAGAUGGACACCCAUAUGCUGACUCUGCUGCAGUCUACAUUCCCUGCUGUCCACAUCACUGCUGACAUUGUGGAGGGAAGCCAAAAGCUCACAGACAACUUCAAAGCUUUGGUAGCCAACCUUCACAAGACCUCAUUUGCUUGGCAUUUGAUGAACAGUGAAGACUAUGAGAGGCGAGUCAAAGCAAAAGGAGACAUGAAAACAUUUCACUUCAUACACAUGAUUCAGAUGAUCUACUAUGUGGAUGACAUGGCGGACACCAUCAAGUUCUACCACAGCCUGCUGAAGAACAAUGGCAGGCUUAUGAUCAUCGUGGCAGCCACUAACUGUGGCAGUGACACCCUGUGGAAGGCUUACAAGAAGGAGCUCUGGGUAGACUCCAUCACAGAUUGGCGCUCAUCAGAGGAAGUUAUCUCCUGUCUAAAGAACCUGGGUCUAAAAUACGAGGAGCACGCCAUUCCCAACACCUUUGACAUCUCUGAAUGCUUCAAUCCAAACAGUCAGAUCGGAGAACGUCUGCUGAAUUUCAUAACAGCCCAAGAUCACUUCUACCAGUCCUUCACCCCAGAGAUCAGAGCAGGCAUGUUAGACGCUCUCAGAAACAAGUGCAGCACUGAAAAAAAAGGCGGGGUAUUCUACAACAUCAAUUUGAGCUGCAUAUUUGUUGAUGCUUGAGUAUAUUAAAUGAACCUUCUUGCAUUCACUUUACCAUGCCGUUUGAUCAAUAGUACAUUUGUCUUCAGCUACGAUUAACUUUACCACAUUCAGUAGUAUCAUCAAUAAAAACAUUUAUUUCAUUAACUAUUGUGUUUCAAAUUACUUCCACCUCACUAAAAUACAAAUGCAGAUAUUUAUUAUGCACAGGAUUUCACUAUGGGACUAGUAUGGGACUAUAAGUAUAUUACAGUUUUUAAUGGCACAAAACCAAUUUUCCCCGUACAGCCAUCGACUGGAGUGUAGGGGCAGUUGCAGUGAUGACUGAAUUGCUAACUGGACAGAAGUGGCAGGUGCAGGAAUCAGCCGGAACAGGUUCCUGGACAGUCGUGCCAUGUGUACCAGACUGACAACUGGACAGUAGGGGCAGUUGAUUAUUAACAAAGCUUCCUUAUGUUUAUUUCAAGACGACAGACUAGAAAACAGUUAUGGGUUUUAAGACAACACUUCUGUUAAAGUGUAUGCCCUACUUGAGGUCAAUUCAGGAGAUAGAUAACGCGCAUCAUUGCACCACGGCAUG